GAUUUCCAACUUGAAACAAGGAUAUGUCUCUUCUCACCCCUCACUACAAACGUACAAGCUGUUCUUUGGUGAUCAUAUCAUAGUUAUUUUCAUUAAAUGGUGAAGAGCAGUUUCACAUUGUUUUUAUUAAUCUGUUUAUUGCAGUGUGUCAGAUAGACGCUACUGGCACAUCUUAUCCUUCCUGUUCACCAUGCAGGAGAUCAAUGGGGACCCUGGGCUCUUACCCAACAUCACCCUGGGCUACAACCUCUAUGAGAACUUUUUCGAUGCAAGGAUGACUUCCGAUGUCAUGCUAGACCUGCUUUCGGGUUGGGAAAGCAACAUCCCAAACUAUACCUGUGGAAAAGGGAAUAAUAACCUGCUGGGUGUUCUUGAAGGGGCCAAUUCUGUAAUCUCAAAACAGAUUUCGACCAUGUCAGGCAUCUACAAAAUCCCACAGAUCAGUUAUGGCUUUAAUGCUCAGACUCUGGAUGAUAAAUCCCAGUUCCCUUUUGUCUACCGGAUGCUCCCCAAAGAAGAUACUCAGUCCCAGGGGAUUGUCCAGCUGCUCCUGCAUUUUGGAUGGACGUGGGUUGGCCUCUUUGCUCCAGAAAAUGAGAAUGGAGAAAGGUUUGUGGGUGCCUUGACAUCUCAGAUGAUCCUCCAUGGAAUCUGUGUCGCCUUCACACAUAGGCUAUCAGAAAGCAAUCCAUAUCGAUCACUUGUGCCAAAUGUGCCAGUUAUGAUAUGGAGACAAGUCAAUGUAUUUGUUUACUAUGAGAACACUUACACAGGAUGGCUACCAGUCAUGGCCCUACAACAAAGAUACCAUAAAGAAGCUGAGGCAAGAGUUUGGAUCACAACAGAUUUUCAUGACAUCAACUAUAAUUUACUUUUGGGUCCAGAGUUUUUCCAUCCCAUCCAUGGUUCCUUCUCCUUUGUAAUGAAGACCAAAAAAAGAACCAUACAUGACUACUAUACACCAUCUUCAUACCUCCUUUAUUGGUUUUGGAGGAAAGCAUUUUAUUGCCUAUAUUCGAAGCAUACCUUGUCUGUGAAAGGUCGGACAAAAUGCACCGAGAAGGAGAAGCUGGAGACUCUGCCCCAGGAGGAGCUGGAGAGAUCCCUGUCCCAAGACAGCUACAGCACUUACUUCCAUGUCCAGGCCGUGGCGCACGCUUUACAUGCUGCAUGUUCAUCAAGAUCAAAACGGAUGCCGAGGAUGAGUGGGACAGACAGUUUGGGGUGUCAAAGUCUACAACCAUGGCAGACUGUGCCUUGCUCCAGAUGCACCGAAAGCUGUCACCCUGGAUAUUUCAAGGUGAUCCAAGAAGGGGAGCCGGUUUGCUGCUAUGUUUGUUCUCCGUGUGCGGAAGGGACCAUCUCCACCCAGGAAGAUGCAACGCACUGCACCAAAUGUCCAGAAGAUCAGCAUCCAAACAAGGACCAAGUUCAAUGUAUUCCCAAGAUUAUCAACUUCCUAGGCUAUGAAGAGAAUUGGGGGAUCCUCUUGGCUUCCCUUGCCCUCUUCUUAUCUUUAACCACAGGCUUUGUGUUGGCAAUCUUCAUUAAAUUCCUAGAAACUCCAAUAGUCAAAGCCAACAAUCGGGACCUCACCUACAUCCUCCUCAUCUCCCUCAUUCUCUCAUUUUUGUCCUCCUUCCUCUUCAUUGGAAGGCCAAGGAAAGUGACCUGCCUUCUCCGACAGACAACCUUCAGCCUCAUCUUCUCAGUUGCUGUCUCUUCUGUCUUGGCAAAAACCACCACUGUGGUCCUUGCCUUCUUGGCCACUAAGCCAGGGAACAGGGCGAGGAGAUGGCUGGGAAAGAGUCUGGCCAGCUCCAUUGUCAUUUCCUGCUCCAGUGUGCAAGUUCUCAUAUGCAGCACCUGGCUAGGGAUCUCUCCUCCAUUCCCAGACUUUGACCUCAGCUCCCAGCUUGGAGAGAUCAUCUUGCAGUGCAAUGAAGGCUCUGUUGCCAUGUUUUACAGUUCUCUUGGCUACAUGGGCUUCCUGGCUGCCAUCUGCUUCACGGUGGCUUUCCUAGCCAGGAAGCUGCCUGGGGCCUUCAAUGAAGCCAAGCUGAUCACCUUCAGCAUGUUGGUAUUUUGCAGUGUUUGGGUGUCCUUUGUGCCCACCUACCUGAGCACCAAAGGGAAAUACAUGGUAGCUGUGCAGGUCCUUUCUAUCUUGUCCUCCAGUGCUGGGCUUCUGGGAUGCAUCUUCAUGCCCAAGUGCUACAUUAUUUUACUGAGGCCUGAUCUGAACACAAAGGAGCAUCUGACUACAAAACACUAAAGACAACAUUGGAUCUGUAAUAGGGCGGAACUCUAAUAAGUAGUUCGAAGCAGCCCCCUGCAGAAUUGAACUCUCUUGUUCAGGUGUUGGAAGGCAACAGAGUAUCUCCUUCCCUCGUCACCUUCUCAACCAUAUUUUUAAUUAGGCUUAAUUUGGGGCUAGAUCCAGGGGGGUAUGCCCCGAAUUGGCCUGGAUUGGGUGGGGGAGGAGCUGUGCGCUACUUCUUAGUAGUAAGUAAAAUACUUACUAAUAAAUACUUCCUACAGCAGAAUCUGGACCAGAACCAUGGCUUCCUGUUGGGACAAAACAAUUCUGGAUAGGAUCCAUUCUACAAAUCUGUUAUGGCGCAGAAAUACGGGGAUUUCUAAAAUGAAAGAAAUAAAGAAAAAAGAAUAUG